UGUUUAGGAAAUUUUGAAAAGCGCGCCAAUGAAAGAGUAAUACACGUAGCGUCAUCUAGAUCGUCAUCUCCCGUUACAAAUAGUACCAAGAAAAUGGCAGCUGCGCGCAAAAUCGUGUUUAUUUACGUGCUGUCUACGAUUGAUUGAUCGCAAAGUACUGUAAAGUAAAUUGAGUUGAGCGGGAAAGUGAAGCAUCUUCGUUGGUUGAUCAUAAUUGAUAAUGUGUGGACAAAUAUAAUUCAUCAAAAUAAAAAGAAAAAAAUAAUGAAAUAAUUGAUAAUACGAAUGGAAAAUAAUAUUUUCUCGGUGGUGGUUGGUUGUUUUUGGUUGAUGAUAUAGUUUUUCGCUUACGACGCAUAGCGUACGCUGCAUCAUCCAACCUUUGUGUUUGGAAGUACAACUCUAACCUCUUUUUAAAAAGGUGACGCGCAGUAGCGCCGUCGUACCUUCAAACGUUCUGGAAAUUUCCUAAGAACUGUCAAGAGUUUUGUUUUGCCAACAUACACGGUGGCCCUUCAUCUCAAUUAUCCGGCACGAUGCCAUGUUUCCGCGUUCACUGAGUCCACGGACGUUCAAAAUCUUGACAAUGGCUGACGAAGUUCUGCCGGCGAGUUUGGAGAAGCUCGAAAUCGAUCGACUCUCGACUAGUUGUCCCCACAUCGCUUCUACUGAUAAUUUGAAAGCAACAAAUCCAUUUCAAAGAAGAGGCAAGAGCACAAGCCCAGAUUGCAGCUACUUGUUUAGAAGAAGAUCGAUGCCUAACAGAUCAGUGCCAUCCACGACAAUUACCCGGGGUGUAAAAAGUACAACGAACUUUAAGCCUUCUAAAAAUGAAAGACUUCAGGAUAAAACUAAAAAGAACUCUAUCAUAAAAGAGGCUGUUUUGCAAUUAAAUUCUAUUGAUUCUGAUUGUUUAAGUGAUAAUAUAACAGAUACUUUAUUCAAGCAGACCUGCAGAUAUAGUAUUCCUGGUAGAAAUUGUAAAACUUUUGGUCACGGUUCUGUCACUAAGGACUUUAAGGCGUUAAAUAUUAGUCAGGAGUGUAGACAAGCUAAGGACGAUACUAGUAUUGUAGAUAAUUAUCAAGGUGGAAGUUUUCAACGAGCUCGUAGUAAUACGAUGCCAAGUUUAGAAAGAAGUCCUGGUCCUGGCGGAGGUAUCCAACUGGAUACGAUUAAUGUAUCCGGCCAAUCUUCAAAUACAAACACUUGUUCUAUACAAGCUCGUAUAUCAACACCUUCCUGUGACGUUACUAUAGAUGAACUUGCCAGCUAUUUUGAAGAGUUUGUUCAUAUUCCAAAGAAAAUGUCUCACAUGGCAGAAAUGAUGUACAUUUAACCAAAAAUGCGCAUUUCUUGUUACAAGAAUUUAAUUUGAUACCUAAAUUAUAUCUAAAAUAAUAAAAGGCUACAUAAUU